AUGGGAACUAAACUUUCCGUCUCUUUGGAAGGCGCCGCCAAUCCAGAAACCGCGCCACGCGUCGACCGUCCACCAACCUUCGAUCCACAGUACGGAUUUGAGCGACCGAGAAAAGUUCGCGAAAUGAAGACCACUUGGGAAGAGAUGGAACAGUGGAAGCUGAAGCCAGCUCAACGCGACUAUUGUGCUCACCAUUUGAUUUCGCUCAUGAAGUGUCAGACCCAAAACGCUCCAUUCGCCGGACACGCUUGUGACGGAGAACGCGGUGCGUGGGACAAGUGUGAAUACGACGAUCAUAUCAUGAGAAUUAAGGAAUUCGAACGAGAGAGACGACUUUUGCAGAGACAAGCACGCAAGGAGGCCACUGCAUAG